AUGGAGCCGCCUCAGCGGGCUGGCGACCCCUCGUCUUCCUGUGGCGGUCCUGAACAAACGGAUGUGGCAGAAUCUUCAACUUCGGCAACAUCAGGGCUACUCGCUGGACCGAGUGACGUGUUCUCCGCGCCGGCGCGGACCCUCUUUUCAGAAGGCCCACGAGGUGGUUCACAGGGCGCCCCGGACAGUGUUGCACCCUCCCCCUUUGCAUACCAGCAAGGGAGUGAAACGGUAGCCAACGCUCCUGGACUGGACGCCGGCCGGACCGCGAUCGCAUCGGAUGCGUCGGCGCUCUUGCACACUUCUUCCUCAGGGCAUCGCUACCAUGAGGGGAUCAAGAGUGCUCGACCGACAGCCUCGUCGCUGCAGCAAGCUUCCCGGCACUCAAACCUGUUGCGGGUGCGCCGUUCCGACCGGGAUAAGGCUGUUGCGUCGCGAAGACGGCAGUUCAUGCCUCUGGAAGCUCCGCCUCUUCCUCAGCCGCUGAGCCCCAUUGUUCAGCAGCUACAAGGCCUUCUUCCCAUCCCUCCGUUUGCCACUGGCGGGGAAGGCGCUCGCCCCUUGCCGGUACACGAGGAAGUGCUGCGCCUGAUGAAGCUCCUUCACGAACUGAUGGCGUGCUUCCCAGGACUCGUAGAGGAGAAUCCGAGUGCACUUCCAUCCGGACCACCUCAUUUGGCCCCCCGUUUGGAUCCUGGGAACGAACCGCGGAGCUGUAUGGGCCCUGUGCUCAUGGCUUCUCUUGUUCAACCGAUACGCGAGAUUGUUGCAGUAGCCGUAGAAGCGGCGACAUUCUCUCUGGACAGGAGAGGAGAGAUGUGUUCUCCGUUAGUUCUAGAAUUUGCUCUGCGCCUGCUCCAGCAUGCCUGUGGCUGCAUCGCAGCUACAGUCGCAGCACAGCCGUUGCCCGAUGUGGCUGUUCAGUGUUGGCUGCCGCUUCUCUUCUCGGUGUUUCGGCGGCUGCGCGGAGCCAUCGAAGCCGCAGGUCCUCCAGAGCGCCUGCCCGGAUCAGUCCAUCCUUUGGUCCCUCGUUUGCGUCAGAUUCAACACGAAGUGGUCUACGCCUUGGGGAACAUUGCGGCGGACUUGGAGGGUGGAGUACUCGAACAGGGUGGAGUCGUGGUAGCUCUGGAAACUAUGCAGGACGCACUUCUCCAGCUCGAUUCCCAAGCUUCGGCUCUCGAGCCCGCUUCUUGUGGCUCCACGGCAUCCGCCACUCCGGGCGACUCUCCUGCGCUCCAUCUUCGCACCGGCGGCUGGCUGCUGGGGAAUCUUCUCCAGCUGCCGCGCUCCACUCCGGCAAUUCUUGACGACAUGCUAGGGCGCCGGCAGCUCGCGACUCAUGGAGACGCAGGCGAAGGAGCUACCGCGGGACUUCGUCUGGGGGGGCUGCAGGUGCUGCACGCGCUGCUAAGACUUGAAGUGGAGCACCAGCAUGCGGCGCUUCGGUUGCCUGCAAACGACGACCGGCGCGCAGCUGUUGCAGAGGGGCUCUGGUCUCUGCUGCUCUUUCUGGAAGCCGUUUUGCGCGGCCCCGUGGUCCCCGCUGUGGAUCCUCACCAUCGAUCCAAGGCGGCCAUGCAGCGCACGCUAGACCAUUCCGGCGCAGGGGCUGCAGCGGCCGCAGCCGAAGAGGAAACUGCCAAGACACUGGAACUUGUUGCCCCCGAGAUUGUCAGUCUUCUGAUUCGCCUGGUUUUCGAGGCGUUUCAAGGGGCUGAGACGUGGAGAACAAGACGACGAGCGGCCGCCAUGCAAGGCACCAACCAGGCGUUGUUCUCGGGGGGAAUCGACAGCACCUUCGCUUUCGGGGCAAAGGGAGGGAGCAUGGACUCGCCGGCAGCGGAACGCGCUCAGGCGGGCACCGUCCCCCGCUUUGGGGCUGGCGGGCCCUUAGAUGUGACCACCUCCGAAUUGGUGGGCGACAGGGGCGACGGCGUGACUGACAGGCUCGCGCGGUUCAACGAGAACGGCGCGGAUAUUCUCAUCCCGGCUCUGAAAAUCCUCGCUCCCUGCACAUUUCUUGCCCUCAAGCCAGAGCCGUUCGUGGCGGAGCCCGCGGUGGAACAAACGGAUUACGUCGUCCCCUUAAUUCGCGGUUUGGCUGAGAUUCUGCACUCAGCGGAGCCAGUCGAUAUUCGCAGGGAAGCGGCGGUGUCUCUUCUGCACGUGGGCUUGAACCACGGAAAGAAACACCUCAGCGAGGUCGUCCACGCGGAGCCGUCGGUCAUUCAAGGGAUGCUCGACAUUCUCGAACAAAACAAAUACGACAGGGCAUGCGUCAUAACGGCACUCGACUUUUUGAAUGGCGUCCUCGAGAGCCAACCCACUGGUCGAGUCGAAGUCUACCGUCGAGACGGGAUUGCGAAGAUCGAAUCUGCACAGUUUCUUCACGAUCAAGCUAUCGACAACUUCAUCUCCUGGAUGGUGUCACAUUACUUUGAUGACUUCAACGAAGCUGAGGGAGACGAUGAAGCUAUUGAGCGUAUCGUUGCAGAAGAGGAUGCACUCGCAGCCCAGCUGUCGGACUUAUCAAAGGGGACGUAG